AACUACCAGUCCACGCAUUCAUGCCAUCACAUAAAUGACAAUCUCAUCAUGGCGUCCAACAAGCCCAAUGCAUUCAAUCCACCUUCUGUGGUAGAGCCACCACCUACCUACUCUCAAGUUUGCGUCACUCCCAUAGUAGCUUCAUCUGCUUUGGUCACGCUCGCCGGCCAAACAGGCCUACAAAAAGAUGGCACAGUGCCUUCUGGUAUCAAGGCACAAGCAAAAGCUGCCUAUGAAAGCAUUCACAAGUGCUUAGAAGCUGCUGGUGCAACACCACGAGACAUUGUUUUCGUCCGGCACUAUAUUGUUAAAGAAACGGGCGACAAAGAGCAAGAUGCAAAGGACGUUGUGGAGCGAGGCUGGGGCGAGGAAUGGAUGGAAUUCAUGGAUAAAAAUGCAGAUGGACAUCGGCCCCCGGAUACAGUUGUUGGUGUUGCGAGUCUGGCGUUGGGGAAAUUGUUGUAUGAGUGUGAAGUCACGGCGAUGACUAGCCGUUGAAACACUUCGAUUCAAACCCCAAUAUCACGUAGUAGUAUAACCGUUUUCUUGGCUAUGACCAAGCGAGUAGUUAAUCACACUUGCUAAUGAAAUCUGGGGGUAUUUUGUGAC